ACCGAGUACCAUAUCCUGACAGAUGGCGCGAAAUCAUGUCAAAGAGGGGAAAAAAGUCCGAAAAUUUCUAAGAAUAGAACCCAAAGGAACUAUAUCCAUCUAGUUUCCCUUUUGCGCAGACAUUUUAUCAACAAAAAUUGAAGGUGUUAUGGACAGUGCACACCAAAAGAUACUGCUAAGUAAUUUGGGCUACUUUGUGAAACAAGUGAACUCUCUGCAAUUAUUGAUAUAUCUGCCAUGUUUAUCAGAUUACAGCAAGGAUGAGAUAGAAACUGCAUAUAAUUCGAAGUCUAAACAUUAUGCCGCUCAGAUUCUGCACAGUCACCUGAUAAAAAAACCUGAUGGAUUUCAUCAGCUUAUUUCAGCACUGAGACAUGACGAUGUUGGCUGUACGGAACUUGCAGAUCGUCUUAAUCCAAAUCAUACAGUUGAUUAUGAUAAAAGAGAAACUGGUAGACAAGAUGAUAGAAGACAGAGCCAAUCAAGAAGUGACUAUGUACCACAUAGUAGUCCACCUGAUGCAGAGGGCUGGCAUGCUGGUCCACCAAGGGCAGUUGACGUGCAGACCAGGCCUGCCAAUAUGAAUGGCAGACAUUUCAGAUCACAAUACAAGUGUAAUCUUAAUACACCCUGGGAUAAAUUGCCACCUGGGGUAAAAACUAUUCUGAGGAAAUUUGAUACCCGAGAGAUAGAUCAUUUAGCUGAAUUAUUGGGUUUUGAUAUUGGAGAAACAAGUGAGAUAACAGCUCAGGUGCCACCAGGAGAAAGUUUAACAUUGGCUUUUUUAGAACGUUGGAUACCGAUGGAAUCCAAUCCAGUGACACUUGGGGUUAUCAUGGAAAUAUUUCAUGACCUCAGAAUGGAAUAUAUUCUUCGGGAGUUGGAAAGAAAGACCGGUGUUAAGUUCGAGGGACGAGAAGAAAGAGAUGUUUCUCCAGAAGUAGGUACUUUUUCUCAAGGUGGGGCAGGACUUUCAGACCAAGAGAGAAAUAAAGUUGUAGAUGGCAGAACCCGUAAUAAUCCUAAUAUUAACAUGCCCACUGAAAAGAUUUCUGGAACUGACAAAAGUGUGUUGGAUGUUGCAAGAAACAGGCAUAUUCCAAUCAGGCAAAGCCCAAAUGAAGUGUGUCCUGGCAACACAAAAAUUGUACAAGAAUUGAGGCCAACUUCCUCUGGACAAACCAAUAAUGACAGUGAAGGUUUCCAAAUUCAAGCAGAGACAAAUAACCUGGGUAGAUCUGUCUCGAAUUGUUGUUCGAAUACCGAAAAUUCGACAUACGACAGCAUGCCCAAUAGCAGUUACAUGAAUGACCUUGAUUCUGGAGAUGACAAAAGGUCAGUCAAUCAUCACUCGUCCAACAUCAAUAAUACAGGUGAUGAACCAGGAAAUGCAGAAAGCCCUGCAGGUAGUGUUGAAAAAGUUGCCAAAUGGAUUUCAAAAGAGGAUGGAAUUACUCACAAUUUCAAAGUAGAAAAAACAGAAUGUUCUGAGAGAUUGGCAGAAAUGAAUGCAGUUGUAGACAAUUCUGAAAAUCUUUUACAUCAUUCGAAGCACAUAACUGGUCUGCGGACAUGCGAGUGGUCAAAAAUGGAUUUUGACGAAGAAAAGAUAUUGGGAACUGGGCAGAACAUUAGUGACAUUAUCAGUCAGUGUGAUCCACCAGAUUCAAGAGAAUCUUCUAUAUCUGGUAUUUCUGCAUCAUCAUCUUUGCCUGUUGAAGGAAAAAGAAAAAAACCUACAACAAAAGCCAUUUUUAAUAGUAUAGAACACUAUGUAGACCAUUCGCUGGAGGAUGAUAAGCAGGCUGCUCCAGAAGAAACAAAUUACUCAAAAGAACUAAACAGCAUUGAAAAGAAGGCUGAAAAGAAGUUGCCAGGACAUGACAUAUCAUUUAGUAGUCCUGGUGUAGAGAUUAACAAUAGUUUUGGUGUAGAGAUUAACAAUAGUUUUGAAGAUCCUACAGGAAGUUUUAAAUUUGACUGGAAUCUUUCAAGAAAUGAAGAAGCAGUUUCUAUGAAUGGAGAAACAGGUACAAGAGAUGACAAAGCUGAACAGCCAUUGUUAACAAAUCAGCUAUUGGACCAACAGCUUGAUCAGUCAAAUCUGACUCUUCAGCAUACUGGUAAUGAGGAGAUGGAACUAACAAGAAGAGGACCAUUGUCUCUGGAUUUUCCAGAAAGUGCAAGUAACCAAGUGCACAAAUUUAAAGAAGUUUGUGACACUGUUGGAAGAAACAUGUCAAGUGAGCGAGCUGUUAUAGGGAGCACAACAGCAUGUUCAGAACCUGUGACAUUUAACACAGCAGUUAUUGAGUCUGUGUCAUAUAACAGCACAAAAGGUGAAAUAGUGACAGUGAACACAGAGUCUUUACAAAGCAGUCUGACUGUCGAAGAAAAUGAAGUGUCUGAUGUAGUCAUCUAUAGAAAUAACUUAUCAGAUUAAGACCCAAGGAAUUUGGUCUAAAAGAAUCAUUUAAAACUAUGUACACAUUUGUAAAAAGUGUUGUUAUAUUUUCUGAUCAUGGAUCAUGGAGUCCAUUCAUUAUCUAUAAUACGGUUAAAGAAAGAAGAAAACUGGAGUGUAAUUCAAUAUCUAUGCAAUGGAAUUCCACUUUAUCUGGUGCUAGGGGGCGGGAGAGGUGUUGCACUUAGAACAAGAUGAUGUGUCAUAUGAUGUGUGCAAAACCUAGACCCAAAAGUCAAAAGGUCAAAGGGGAUAUGGAUUUGUGGUUUGAAGAUCAAAGAAUGGGAGUUUUAUUUGUUCAUUAGGAUCUAAUUUCAUAGACUUACACAACAUUGAUGAUUUUAAAGUACACAGAAAUUCUGGUUUUUAAUAAACAAAAUGUAAAUAAUACUAAAAAAUACAUGGUACUGGUUGGGAACCAGUAUCCAGACAGGACCAGUUUCCAGACAUAUAUAAUAACCACUUCAUUAAUAAUCACUUCAGUUAAGUGUUAUUCAGGUGAUCAUUGUAUCCCAUCAUUUAGAUGUUUGUUCUUCGUUUCUAUUAAAAACACUUUCUCAAGACUGUAUUUACAUUAAGUUUACAUUUACAUUAACCUCACCUGUGUUUACAAAACUUCCUAUGGUCACAUAGUGGUAUUGAGUUAGUAUGGGGCAUGCCUAAUAGCUUUAAUUUGUUAAGGUAUCAUGUUGGGAAGAAGUAAUAAAACUACAUAUUUCAUUUUUUGCUGAUGACAUAAAUCAGGGCUUUUUUUGUGCUAAUUUUACCACACGAACAACGAAGCUGUAAGUGGGGAUAUACUGGUUUCAGGUUGUCUGUCCGUAGACACAAUCUUGUGCUCACCAACUGUCCUCAUCUCCCUGACAUUUUAAUGAAACUUCACACAAGUGAUCAGUAAGAACUUUGUUUUUUGUUACUGUACUAUAUACAUAGAGUCUGCAUAUGCAAUCUUGUGCGUGCUUAAUCUCCAGAACCCAUGCACACAAUUUAAUGAAACUUCACACAAGUGAUCAGUACCAACCCUAGCUGUGCAUGGUGCAUGUUAGGUUCUUUCAGAAAAAAAAUUCUGCACAGUUAUGGGACUUUGGCUUUUGUUACUAUGCUAUAUACAUAGUCUGCAUAUGCAAUCUUGUGCACGCUCAAUCUCCUGAACCCAUGCACACAAUCUAAAGAAACUUCACACAAGUGAUCAGUACCAACCCUAGUUCUGCAUGGUGCAUAUUAGGUUCUUUCAGAAAAUCAUUCUGCACAGUUAUGGGACUUUGUUUUUUUGUUAAUAUACUAUUUAAUGAAAUUUCACACGAGUGAUCAGUACCAACCCUACUUGUGCAUGUCAGGUUCUUUCAGAAAAAUAUUCUGCAGAGUUAUGGAACUUUGUUUUUUUGUUACUAUACUAUAUACAUAGAGUCCAUAUACAUACAGUUCACAUAAUUAUGCAAUGUUGUGUGUGUCAAAUUGCAGUGUACUGUGUCAGUGCAUGCUGGGGGCAGGGGGUGGUUAGGGGUACAUUCAUCACCUUCAAAGACAGCUCUAGUUUUGUUCAAAAUCUGUUUGAAUUAUCAAGAAUUUGUGAAUUUCUAGUUAUCCAGAGUUAGCUUCUCUUGCUUUCAUAGCUGCUUUUGAAACUUGGGUUAUUAUAAGCCCGAAGGGACGUAUUAUGUUAUACCCCCGGUGUCCGUCCGUCUGUUAGCAAUUUCGUGUCCACUCUGUAACUCUUGAACCCUUUAAGGAUUUUGAAGAAACUUGACACAAAUGUUCACCACAUCAAGUUGAUGUGCAGAGUGCAUGUUUCGGACGGCUUGCUUCAAGGUCAAGGUCACUCUUAGGGGUCAAAGGCCAUAUGACUUUGUUUCGUGUGUAUAUUGCUCUGCAUUGCGAUGUUCUUGUUUUUAUUGGGCAGAUCCCUUUUUUGUUCACGUACAAUAAAAAAAUUUGAAUUUCUUCCCUUUUAUGUUACUAUAAAUAGCCUAUUUUGUAACUUUUUUUAUUAUUGGCUGUAGGAAAAAAACUGAAACCAUUUUUCUGUGGUACAACAUGGAUGGUACCACCAAUUUUUAGGUGUAUUUUGACAUAUCUGUACCUGGUAAGGAUUUUUUGUGGACUUUGAAUUGUUUUUGUGGACUUAAAAUUUUUUUUGGAAAUUCUUCCCUUUGUUGUUCCUGUCCUUUGGGCUUCAACUGUCAAGUUCUUUAAAUUUUGCUCCCAUCCUCUGAUAUAACCCUUCGGGCGUAUAUUGCCCCGUUUGGCGGAACUCUUGUUUUUAAUGUGCUGUUGGAAAGAUUAACGAUGAUAAAAGAUAAAAUCCACAAGAAGAUCCUUUGGAAGCACAGAAUGCAACCAAGUAGAAUAAUAGCCGACUCGGUUUGAUUGAGUCUGUUCAUGAGUGGUAAUAGAAAUUGCAACACCUCUCAUGCCCCUAGCAUCGGCUUAAGCAGAACUCUAUUACACAGGUAUUGAAUGUACUCCAUGAUCGCAAAGGACCAGAAAAUGUAACAACACUGAACACUAAGAUUUGUAAAAAAAAUAAUUUACUUAUUUCUAUAUCAAAACAACAGCAAAUUAUUCUCAAGAUAUUUGUCCAGCUACUUAUCUACACCACAGGGAAAAUGACUACUUUUUAUACCCAUCUUCAAAGGAGGGAUAUAUUGUUAUGCAGAUGUCGGUCGAUCGUUAUGUCGGUUUGUCGGGUUUUAGACCAAUCGGUUUCCGGAUGAUAACUCAAGAACGCUUGGGCCUAGGAUCAUGAAAGUUGAUAGGGAGGUUGAUCAUGUCCAGCAGAUGACCCCUAUUGAUUUUGAAGGUAGUAGGUCAGAUGUCAAGGUCACAGUGACCCGGAACAGUUAAACGGUUUCUGGAUGAUAACUCAAGAAUGCUUAGGCCUAGGGUCAUGAAAGUUGAUAGGGUGGUUGAUCAUAACCUGCAUAUGUAUCUUUCAAUUUUGAGAUCAGUAGGUCAAAGAUCAAGGUCACAGUGACCAGGAACAGUUGAACGGUUUCCGAAUGAUAACUUGAGAAUGCUUGGGCCUAGGAUCAUGGAAGUUGAUACGGAAUUUGUUCAUGACCAGCAGAUGACCCCUAUUGAUUUUUGAGCUUCUUACAACUUUGUCAGAAUAUUAGUCUCUAUAAAAUCUAGGUCAAGUAUGAAACUUGGUUAUCAGAGGUCAAAUACUAGGUAACUAGGUUAAAUCAUUGGAAACCCCUGUUAACUUAAGUUCAAAGCUGAAUUGCUUGAGGCCAAUAACUGAUUACUAAAUUAAAUCAUAGAAACACCUUUUUAGCUCACCUGAGCCAAAGGCUCAUGGUGAGCUUUUCUGACUGCUCAGUGUCCGUCAUUUGUUGUGCGUCUGUCAACAUUUUCUAAAAAAUCUUUGGGAUCACCAGGUCAAAGAUCAAGGUCACAGGGGCCAACGUUAUCUUUUUGCAUGAAGGCACUUUACUCGCAAACCACUGCACCCAGGACCUUCAAACUUCACAUGCUGAUAGUACUCAUUGAGUACACGACCCCUACUGACUUUGGGGUCACCAGGUCAAAGGUCAAGGUCACAGGGGCCAACGUUAACUUUUUGCAUGAAGGCACUUUACUCGUGAACCACUGCACCCAGGACCUUCAAACUUCACUUGCUGAUAGUACUCAUUGAGUACAGGACCCCUACUGACUUUGGGGUCACCAGGUCAUAGACAAUGUCACAGGGGCCAUCGUUACUUUUUUGCAUGAAGGCACUUUACUCGCGAACCACUGCACCCAGGACCUUCAAACUUCACAUGCUGAUAGUACUCAUUGAGUACACGACCGCUACUGACUUUGGGGUCACCAGGUCAAAGGUCAAGGUCACAUGGGCCAACGUUCACUUUUUGCAUGAAGGCACUUUACUCGCGAACCACUGCACCCAGGACCUUCAAACUUCACAUGCUGAUAGUACUCAUUGAGUACACGAUCCCUACUGACUUUUGGGUCACCAGGUCAAAGUUCAAGGUCACAAGACAGGGGCCAAUGUUAACUUUUUGCAUGAAGGCACUUUAUUCGCGAACCACUGCACCCAGGACCUUCAAACUUCACAUGCUGAUAGUACUUAUUGAGUACACGACCCCUAUUGACUUUGGGGUCACCAGGUCAAAGGUCAAGGUCACAGGGGCCAAUGUUAACUUUUUGCAUGAAGGCACUUUACUCGUGAACCACUGCACCCAGGACCUUCAAUCUUCACAUGCUGAUAGUACAUAUUGAGUACACGACCCCUAUUGACUUUGGGGUCACCAGGUCAAACGUCAAGGUCACCAGCUCAAACGUCAAGGCGCUAUGGGGGCAUUUGUCACCAUAAGUGACAGCUCUUGUUGCUUUUGAACCGCUUGAUGAAUCCUCAAAAUUUGUUUAGUUUGUAGCAUCAUUGUUAGGUUAUCUUCCAGAUUUUUUUCCAGUGGGUGCAUUUGGCACCCUUUAGGGACCGUUAGAGCUAAAAAAACAACAGAAAUACCUUCUAACAACUUUUAAGCACUGGAUGGAUCUUCUUCAGACUUGGUGUAUAGCAUUUUUAUAGAGUCCUCUGUUAAAUUUCUUCAAAUAUGUAGGUGCACUUGACCCCUUUAAGGGUACAUUAAAGUUAAAAAGAAAAAUAUUUUAAUGGCUUUUCUGCCAGAUCUUCAUUAAAUUUGGUUUGUUGCAUCUUUGUAAGGUCCUAUCUCAAAUUUGUUCAAAUGGAGUCACUUUCGCAGUUUUGUUUUUUGAGCUUAACUAUUAAUUCAGAGUGUCAUACGUAUAUUUAAAGUCAAAUAGUCAAUUUCAGGUGAGCGACUUGGGACCAUUUUGGUACUCUUGUAAUUGUUGGUGUAAUUUAUGCAACCUUGAUAUCCAUGAAAAUCAUUCCCCUAUGAUUAUUAAUGAUCUCAUAGUAAUGUUUAUUCAGUGUGACUGUAUAUUUAAGGUCAAAUAGUCAAUUUCAGGGGAGUGACUUAGGACCUUUUUGGUACUGUUGUAAUUGUGUGUUGGUAGCUAAUAUUUGUUUUGGGCGGUGAGGGGACUGAUGCUACCUUGAUAUCCAUGAAAAUCGUCCCCUUAGAUUAUUAAUGAUUCCAUAGUAAUGUUUAUUUAUACACUCAGUAUUUUAUAUGGAUACAACCUUGUAAAUGGACAUUUGAUCUGUUUAAUGCUUUGUAUCAAAUUUAUUUGAUUAUGUUAUAUUGUUCUUUUUUAUUUGCCAUUUUAAAAAAAUUAAAGGGAUGAAUAUGGAUUAUAAGCAUAAGCUAUACUGUCAUAAUGUAGCAGCAUGCAGUGAUUGUGGUAAGUCAUUACCAUGAAAUGUAAAUGCCCCCAGUGAAUUACUUCCCUUUAUAGUAUUUUCUAUUUCUUGCACUAUUUUCCUUUAGUUUGCAUACUAAUAUUUCAAAUUUGUGUGAAUACUGUACAUAUAAGACAGACUUGAUCAGAAAAAAAGUUUCAUUUGAUAUGGAAUAGUCCAUAAUAUUUAAAUCAGUUGCAUUGUUUUCUAGUUGCCCUUGCCAUUUGUAAUUUUUCUAUUUUCUGUAUUUUUUAUACACUCAUUUUACUAUCAUGAACAAUUUCAUGUCCAAGUGGGUGUACAAUGCAUCAGUAGUGAUAGUCUUGUUAAUCAUUAUGUAAUAUUACAUAAAAUUGAUCCUGAAAUAUGUAUUCUCCACAAGUGCACAGAAUAUAGAAACAAUGUAUACAGUACAGCUUUAAUGAAAUAGAAAAUGAUGAAAUUUUACAAUUUUGUUGGAAACAAAUUCUAUGUUAACCAUUUUGCUUAAUUAAUUUCAGUGAAUUUGUUAAAGAAGCUUUAACAAAUUUGUUUAAUUUUGCUGAUGUUGCAGGGUAUAAUGUUGGUGGAAAUUUCAAGUUCUUUGUGUGCUUUUAUACAUUCCUGACAUUUUUAUGUAGUAAUAGUGUUUUAGUGGUGUAACCUGUGGUGCUUUUUCUUUUUCUUUUUUUUAUAAAAUAGUGCAAUAUGUUUAGGUUACUGUCUGCCUUCAAUGUUUAUCAGGAAAUGAUGAACAAUAAGAGAGAGUGUAAUCUGUUUAUUGCCCUAUCAUCUAAUUGAACACUUCUGAAGAUCCCAAACAAUAAUGUGUUUUGAGGAUACAUGUUAUCUCAUUGAACCUUUACCCUGCAUAAUUUCUAAAAUGGACCCAUCCAUCAUUCAAUUUGAGCAGUUCCACUUAUUAUUAUGUCUCCCCCAGGAGACAUAUUGUUUUUGCCCUGUCCAUCCGUCCGUCCUACCGUCCGUCCGUACGUCACACUUCAUUUCCGAGCAAUAACUGGAGAACCAUUUGACCUAGAACCUUCAAACUUCAUAGGGUUGUAGGGCUGCUGGAGUAGACGACCCCUAUUGUUUUUGGGGUCACUCCGUCAAAGGUCAAGGUCACAGGGGCCUGAACAUUGAAAACCAUUUCCGAUCAAUAACUAGAGAACCACUUGACCCAGAAUGUUGAAACUUCAUAGGGUGAUUGGUCAUGAAGAGUAGAUGACCCCUAUUGAUUUUGGGGUCACUCCAUUAAAGGUCAAGGUCACAGGGGCCUGAACAUGGAAAACCACUUCCGAUCAAUAACUAGAGAACCACUUUACCCAGAAUGUUGAAACUUCAUAGGAUGAUUGUACAUGCAAAGUAGAUGACCCCUAUCGAUUUUGGGGUCACUCCAUUAAAGGUCAAGGUCACAGGGGCCUGAACAUUGAAAACCAUUUCCAAUCAAUAACUAGAGAACCACUUGACCCAGAAUGUUGAAACUUCAUAGGAUGAUUGGUCAUGAAGUGUAGAUGACCCCUAUUGAUUUUUGGGUCACUCCGUCAAAGUUCAAGGUCACAGGGGCCUGAACAUGGAAAACCAUUUCCGAUCAAUAACUAGAGAACCACUUGACCCAGAAUGUUGAAACUUCAUAGGAUGAUUGUACAUGCAAAGUAGAUGACCCCUAUCGAUUUUGGGGUCACUCCAUUAAAGGUCAAGGUCACAGGAGCCUGAACAUUGAAAACCAUUUCCGGUCAGUAACUUGAGAACCACUUGACCCAGAAUGUUGAAACUUAAUAGGAUGAUUGGUCAUGCAGAGUAGAUGACCCCUAACGAUUUUGGGGUCACUCUGUGAAAGGUCCAGGUCACAGGAGCCUGAACAUUGAAAACCAUUUCCGGUCAGUAACUUGAGAACCACAAGACCCAGAAUGAUGAAACUUCAUAGGAUGAUUGGUCAUGCAGAGUAGAUGACCCCUAACGAUUUUAGGGUCACUCUGUUAAAGGUCAAGGCCACACGGGCCUGAACAUGGAAAACCAUUUCCGGUCAAUAACUUGAGAACCUCUCGACCCAGAAUGUUGAAACUUCAUAGGAUGAUUGUUCAUGCAGAGUAAAUUACCCCUAUUGUUUUUGGGGUCACUCCGUUAAAGGUCAAGGUCACAGAGGCCUGAACAUUGAUAACCAUUUCCGAUCAAUAACUUGAGAACCACUUGACCCAGAAUGUUGAAACUUCAUAGGAUGAUUGAACAUGCAGAGUAGAUGACCCCAUAUUGAUUUUGGGGUCAGUCUAUUAAAGGGCAAGGUCACAGGGGCCUGUUCAUGUAAAAUCAUUUUUUGAAAAUAACUUGAGAACCACUUGACCUACGAUGUUGAAACUUAAGAGGAUGAUUGGACAUGCAGAGUAGAUGACCCCUAUUUAUUUUGAGGUCACUUGAUCAAAGGUCAAGGUCACAGGAGCCUGAACACGGACUUGAGAACCACUAGGCCAAGAGUGUUGAAAUUUAGCGGGAUGACUGGACAUGCCAAGUAGAUGAUCCCUAUUGCAGCCAACCAUCAGUGUCUCUUUGACUUUCGCUCCUGACCCCUAUUGACUUCUUGCCUAUAGGACUUUGCAUUGGGGGAGACAUGCGCUUUUUUACAAAAGCAUUUUCUAGUUUGAAGGGGUGUUCACUGAAAAUUUACUGAUUGAAUAGCGAAUAGUGCAGACCAUGAUCAGCCUGCACGAUGUGCAGGUUGAUCUUGGUCUGCACUGGUCGCAAAGGCAAAAUCAUUUGCAGCCAGCAGGCUUAAGGUUAAUUACCUUGUAUGUGUCAUGUUUAACUUAUUAAUUGCAUGUACAUUAUGAAUGCUUGAUUUUAUGUUUGAAGUGAACAUGUUACAAAAGAUAAAACUUAAAAGGAAAAAAAAGGAAAUCACUCGCCUGUAUAACAUUUGUUGUUGUUUUGAGCUGUUUGUAUCUUUGUAUAAAUAAAUUGUACUUGUAAAAUGCAUGUAAAUAGAACUUUAAUUGUGUUUAUAGUGUUCUUAGGAACUUAUUUGUCACCUUAACCCUUACCCUGCUUAAUUUCUAUAAUGAACAGUACCAUUAACUGUUAAAAGAGGUGCUUACCAAAAAGAUACUGACUGAAUGGCGAACAGUGCAGAUCUUGAUCAGACUGCACAAUUUGAUGUGCAGUCUGAUCAUGAACUACACUGGUCGCAAAUGCAAAAUCAAUUGUUUCCAGCAUGAUAAGGGUUAAUAUAGAAAGCAGAUAAGAUUAUUCGAAAGCAGUUAACUGCUAUAUUCAGGAGUUAACAGCUAUAUUCACAGAGUUGACCAUAUGUCCAUCUCUUACUAUAAAAUCGUUGUGCAUAUAUAUUUCUGUGAUUUUAUCAGUUUGAUCUGAUCAAGAAUUAGAAAAAAAGAGGAUUGAAGUUUAUGAAUUAGCUAGUUAAUUAGGAGACAUUCUUCUGUUAACUCUUACCCUGCUAAAUUUCUAUAAUGAACUUGUCCAUCUUUCAAUUUGGUCAGUACCAUUAAAGUUCUGUUAAAAGGAGUGCUUACCAAAAAAUACUGACUGAAUGGCUAACAGUGCAGAUCAUGAUCAGACUGCACGCAUGUGCAGGCUGAUCAUGAUCUUUACUGGUUGCAAAGGCAGAAUCAAUCGUGUUUUGCAUGAUAAGGGUUAAUAUGAAUAUGAUAUUUCCUAAAGUGCUUGAGUAUCAAUCAGGGUGAAGGACUUUUCAGUUGUUUUGUACACCUGCCAGUUUACCAAUACAUUUCUUAGAAUGAGACGAAAAUUAAGAUCCACUUUUGAUCUGCUCAAGAGGGCAUCAAAGGAUUGGCCAUAAUUUUCUAAAUAUUUCUUUUUAUUUAUGAGUAUUUUUGUUGGCAUCUUAUAAGUAUUCUUUAAAACAUUACCUUCAAUCUGUGCUUUUUGGCAACAUGUAUAAACUUGGAGCCACUCUGUUUUUUCAUUCAUUUUGCUGUCCUGAAAUUAAAAUCAGAUCAAUUUGAAUAGUUGUAAUUAUUUCGUUUUUCGUUAAUGUAAACUAAAAAUAAACCUUUAGCCUAUUUUGCCUUUGCGACCAGUGCAAGGUCUGCACUGGUCGCUAUUCAAUCAAUAAAUUUUCAAUGAACACCCCUUCGAAUAAUAAAUGGUACUGUCCAAAUUAAAUGAUAAACUAGUGCAUUUUAGAAAUUUAGCAGGGUAUUAUAAAUGGUAUAAUAUCAGUUUUAUAUGACUUGUGUGAUAACUGUUAUAGACUGUCCUUUGUGAUAUCUUUAUGAUAUGAUAUUUUUAACCAGUAAUGCUUAUGUGAGAAUGUUGAUUUCAUAUUAAAAAUGUACGUGUU